AUGGAGGACUCGCAGUUGCCACUGGUGCGCUCGGCGGAGAAUGCGUAUGAUGCAUGGUCGCGUCUGGAGGGACACUACGAGAAGAAGAGCUUGGCUAAUAAGCUCUUUCUUCGUCGCCGUUUCUUCACGACAACGAUGGGAGAAGGUGAUGACGUGCUAGAGCACAUCAACAAGCUCAAGACCAUGGCGGAGCAACUCGACGCGGUUGGUGCUCCGGUCAGCGAAGACGACUUGGUCAUCACUCUUUUGGCCAGUCUCAGCGAGUCCUGUCAGUUCCUGAUAACGGCGCUGGAGUCAAGAUCCGACUCGCUGACAUGGGAUUUAGUGACGUCUCGGCUGAUGCAUGAAGACCUGAAGCGCAAGGAGCAAGGUGGCGAAGUCUAUGGAUCCGUGCAUGGGCAAGCUCAAGCGUUCAUGUCAAGAGACAACAAGCGAAACGGACGACCAGGUAAGAAGACUGGUGCGUGCCACAAGUGUGGGAAACAAGGACAUUGGAUCGCGGAGUGCCCCUCGCGGAUUCAAGAAGACGCGGAACGACAUCGAUUCCAGCGUGCGAACGUGGCGCAAGAUGAAGAUCUUGGCAAAUAUCUGUUUUCUGUUGGUGGUGAAGUCGCCAAGUCGAGUAACGUGUGGCUGGUCGACUCGGGUGCGACGCAGCACAUGACGAGCUCCAAGAAGUUCAUGAAGAACUACAAGGUCUUCAAUCCGGCCGAUGUGCACUUGGCAGACGAUGGUGUCGUUCAAGCGAUCGGAAAAGGCGACAUCGUGAUGUCAAUGAAGACGCCACGCGGUACCAAGAAAGGUGUGCUCACGGACGUGUGUAUCCCGAUGUUAUCGCGUAAUCUGUUCUCCGUGGGUAGAUUCACCAAGGACGUCGGGCCAGUCACAUUCGAAACCAACGGAUGCUUCGCGAAGACGAAAGUUGUCAAGUGGAAGCUCGGUGCUCGCGAAGGCAAAUGGCUUUUCAAACUCUGCAUGACGCCCGAAGCGUCUAACGGGAAAGCAGAUCGAUUUGAAGAGAUCAAGAGUGGUCGUGUGCUGGUCAGCCGCGACGCACAGUUUAUGGAAGACGUCUUCGAUAGUGGAAGACGCGACUAA